GCUAAGGUUUAGAGUGAGAAGACAAACCGAUGGAAUUAAAGGGGAAACAAUGAAAAAACAAUGGCAUUUAAACUUUUAUACCAAAUUCAUUAUUUGCUAUUUGUUCCAAUGCUAAUUUAUGGCCAAAAGCAAACUCGCGAGGGUAAUGGUGCAGGUUUACGAGAAGUAGUCUAUCCGGUGCGAAUCGGGCGACAUGGAAAUACUCACAGUACACACUUUAUAUCAAAAAGAAGUUCUAGUUAUGUGCAAAAUUUUGAUUCAAACGUUCAAUAUGUGCUCCCAGCCUUUGGGAGAAAUUUUUCUUUGGACCUUUCUUAUAACAAGGAGUUUAUAGCACCGACAUUAGUAGUGCAAUAUUUUUCUAGAAAUAAUACAUGGUUUAAUGAGAGCUAUGAGAAUGUUGGACUGUCACGGUGUUUCUAUACGGGUCGGAUUAACCAAGAUUUAAAUUCGAGGGCUGUAUUCAGCCUGUGUGACGGUCUGACGGGAGCCUUCCAAUUUCAAGGAGAGAAGUAUAUAAUAGAACCAAGUUCAGAGCUUAGACCAUCGACAUCAGGAAGUCUGCCUCAUUACAUCUACAAACAUUCACAUGUACAUAAAAAUAGAACCCAAGAAUCUCACUGUGAUGUACAAGAAAAUUAUAAGCACACUAGAAGGAAAGUGGAAGAUGAAGUUAGGCUUAAAAAUACAGUAGAUGAGAAUUCUUCAUUUAAUUCCGAAAGUGCAAAUACUCUUGUAAAUAAUUCAUCUGUAAAUGAUUCAUCAAAAUCGUCAUCAUCCCAGUCAUCAUUAAAAUCAUCGCCUUUUCGUCAUCAUCUCCAGAAGCGUUCAACUUCAUAUAAACGCAAUGUGGAAGUUAUGGUUGCUGCCGACAAUAAAAUGUUACAGUACCAUGGAAAUGACCUUGAAAGAUACAUCUUGACCUUGAUGGCAAUAGUUGCAGGCAUAUACCGAGAUUCAUCAGUUGGCAAUUACAUCAACAUCGUGGUGGUGAAAAUAGCUGUGUUUAGAUCAGAACAAGAUGGGCCUCGAGUAACCUCAAAUGCUGCUGCCUCCCUCAAAGACUUCUGCACCUGGCAAUAUGUGAACAACCCCUCAGAUGACAGUGACCCGGACCAUUACGACACAGCUGUUCUUAUUACAAGACAGAACAUUUGCAGAUCCCGAUACAAGUGUGAUACGUUAGGACUUGCAGAACUAGGGACUAUGUGUGACCCCCGGAGAAGUUGCUCCAUCAUUGAAGAUAAUGGUAUCAGUGCUGCUUACACCAUUGCACAUGAGCUAGGACACGUGUUCAGUCUGCCCCAUGAUGAUGACAAGCGAUGUAAGAAGUAUUUAAAGGGACCUUACUCGGACCAUAUCAUGUCCCCCACACUGGACCACAACACAAGUCCCUGGACCUGGUCUCACUGUAGCUCCUCCCUCAUCACACGCUUCAUUGAUGCAGGUUCAGCGGAAUGUUUAUUGGAUCGCCCUGGAAGACGAAGAGAACGAUCUGAGAAAGGGGAACCAGGUGAACUGUAUGGCAUUGACAAACAGUGUGCCCUCAUGUUUGGACCAAACUUCAAGAUCUGUCCAUAUAUGUUGGACUGUAAGAGACUGUGGUGUACAGAUAGCAAAUCCAAAUCUAAAGGCUGUAAGACUCUCCACAUGCCCUGGGCAGACGGCACCAGAUGUGGGAUGGGCAAGUGGUGCCAACAAGGAGCUUGUGUGGCAAAAUCGAUUCCCAAACGAAUUGAUGGAAGCUGGGGUGUGUGGGAAAUGUACGGUGACUGUACCACGUCCUGUGGGGGAGGGGUCAGAAUGGCCAUCCGCAAAUGUAACAACCCUGAGCCAGCCAAUGGUGGUCGGUAUUGCACCGGACGCAGAACCCGAUAUAAAUCGUGCAACACCAAGCCGUGUGACCCAGGCAGUAAAGAUUUUCGUGAAAUCCAAUGUUCAGCUUUCGACAACAGCCUGAAAUUUCAAGGCCUGCCUUCCAAUGUCAGAUGGGUCCCAAAGUAUGCAGGAAUUCGCUUGAAGGAUGUUUGUAAGCUAUACUGCCGUGCUUCCUCCAGUUCUGCCUACUACCUUCUAAAAGACAAAGUUGUAGAUGGAACCAAGUGUGGACCAGAUACUUUUGAUAUGUGUGUCAAUGGCAUGUGCCAGAAAGCUGGCUGCGACAACAAACUGGGCUCCAACAUGGUGGUAGACAGAUGUGGUAUUUGUGGUGGCGAUAACUCGACAUGCCGCAUGGAGCGAGUCUUCAACCGCUUCAACCUGGUUAACUUGACUUAUGGAUACAACUAUGUUCAUACCAUUCCGACUGGAGCUAGAGAAAUUGUGAUAAAACAGCACGGCGUAGUGUCGGGACUUGAUGAAGAUGGCAAUUUUUUGGCUCUAAAAAAUCAGACUCAGCGGUUCAUUUUGAAUGGCAACAAGACCAUUAAUGUGGCUAAGACGAGGAUUCGUGUGACUGGGGCCUGGAUAGAAUACAGCGGCUCAGGAGCAGUGGUAGAAAAGAUCAACGCCACGGGACCAAUACAAGAGAGUAUCUCACUAUGGGUGUUAUCAGUUGGAGAGUUAUUUCCCCCUAAUAUAGAGUACACCUACGUCCUUAAUGUGGAGUCUCGGUUUGUGUGGAGUAGUGAGGGGCCGUAUGGACCCUGUAACAGUACAUGCCAAGGUUACAGAAAGAGGACUGUUGUGUGCGUUAGUGAUGAUGAAGAGAAGAUUAUUGUCUCAGAUAAAAAAUGUGAACGUCUUGAUAUUUCCAAGCCAAUCCCAAGAGCGGAGCGCUGCAAUAUGGAGUGUACUCUUAGGUGGGAGGCUGAGAGACAUGAGUGUUCAGCGAGAUGUGGAGAAGGGGUGUCUAAACAGACCGUGAGGUGUAUCAAGAAGACCAACUGGAGGGAGGAGGAGGUGUCUGGGGACCAGUGCCGGGGGUCAGGGCACCGCCCCGGGGACCUCGUCAUGUGUACAGGAGAGUGUAACCCAACACAGUGGCAGUACACAGAGUGGUCCAGGUGCACCAAGACUUGUGGAGGGGGGUUCCAGGAACGGGUAGGAAGGUGUAUGGAUUAUCGUCAGAAUGAGCUUCCAGACACCGAGUGUGACGACACAGGCAAGGUGAUGAUCCAGAAAUGUAACGAACAACCCUGUCCAGAGUGGCAUGCCAGUGUCUGGAACGGGUGUUCUCAUACAUGUGGAGCUGGCAUCCGACACAGAAAGAUCUACUGUUACCAAGGCAAGAGUAAAGUGCCGGAGAAGGAGUGUGACCGAGACAGCCGCCCCUCUAACAUGGAAGUGUGUAACCAGGGGCCCUGUCCUAUCUGGCACACCUCAGGCUGGGAGAGGUGCUCUGUAAGCUGUGGACAUGGAGUUUCAGUCAGAAAUGUCCAGUGUCGAAGCAUGGAGGGCCAAAUCCUACGUGGCGGAAUCUGUGACCCCUCAAGCCGACCUUACGACACGAGGAAAUGUUACAUGGGACCCUGCCCACUUCAACCCCGACUGAAAUUUGUAAAGCAGACAAAGUCCCCCCAAAUGAUGGACAUAAUGACCACUACUUCUAGUACUAUUACCACCACCACUACAGCAAGAGAUACAACAACCACACAGGAGCUAGUCAAAUGGAGAACCAGUGAUUGGUCUCAGUGUUCUGUAACAUGUGGGGAGGGGAGGAGGAACCGCUUUGUGAGGUGUGAGGAUGCCCAGGGGUACGUGAGGAGCCCCUCCCUCUGCAGUCAGCUGGACCGCCCCAUCAGCUCCAAGGCCUGCUCUGAACGACCUUGUGGGUACUGGAGGUCAGGACACUGGGGCCAGUGCAGUGUGUCUUGUGGGGAGGGAAAGAGGGUGAGGCAGGUCAUCUGUUUUAACUACAACCACCAGCGAACGUCAGACCACCAGUGCAAUGCCGCGAUCCGGCCCGAGACCGCGCGUAAAUGUCAGAUGACGGACUGUCCAGGGGAGAUGGUGUCAGAGGUACCGACGAUAAGUACGACCUCCCCACCCCCCUCUGUUGACUGGAGAACUGGACCGUGGACCAAGUGUUCAGUUACCUGUGACUCUGGCUGGCAGAGAAGGUUGGUUGUAUGUCUGUCUAACAAUGACCACAGUGAAAAAUGUGACGUCGAGCGCAAACCAGAGGAAACUCGAGUCUGUAACAUGCCUCAGUGUCCAUCAUGGAAAACAGGGCUUUGGUCUCAGUGCUCAAAGACCUGUGGUGGAGAUGGGAUACAAAGUCGGAGAGUCACCUGUGAAGUGGGCAACAAUCACAUUCUACAAGACACCAUGUGUAACAACACACAGCGCCCAAUUGUCAGGCAGGCCUGUAACAACGGCCCAUGCCAGACCAAACGUCGCUGGAAGGUGGACCCUUGGCAAUCGUGUUCAGUGACGUGUGGCAGAGGACACCAACAGAGGACAAUCACGUGUGUCAAUGAUUCCGGGGAGGAGCAGGACCCCUCACAGUGCCUCGCCAGUAAACCCCGCAGCGUCAAACAGUGUCACAUGGGGCGCUGUCCAAAAUGGCACAGGGAAAAGUGGUCUCGUUGCUCAGUUACCUGUGGUAAAGGCCUGAAAACUCGCACAUUGACUUGUAAGACCCGACACUUCCAAGUGGUGGAUUCUGCCUACUGCAGCAGUACCCGCAAACCCAAAACUCAGAAAGUCUGUACCAGACGGCCAUGUUCUGACUACUCCUGGAGGAGGGCACCAUGGAGCCAGUGCUCCCAGACCUGUGGUUUUGGAACAAAAGAUCGGGAAGUGUACUGUAUUGAUCGUCGUGGACGGCGAGUGGAUGAUUUACUGUGUGGGAACCAGCACAAACCAAAAUCACGACGACGCUGUAACGAGUUCCCCUGUCCCUAUAUCUGGAAUACAUCACCCUGGUCAAAAUGUAAUGCUACAUGCGGUGAGGGAAUGCAGACCAGAUCUGUUGUAUGUCAGGCGGUGACCAAGGAGGGGUGGAUCCUACCCGGAUCCGUGCCUUACGGAUGUCGCCCAGAGGAGAAACCACCUACCACACAGACCUGUAACUUUGGAGACUGUGGCUCCCCCCACCACUGGGUCGUGGGGUCAUGGGGAAAGUGCUCCUCCCGGUGUGGGUGGGGGAAGCAGCGUCGCCUGGUACUGUGUGUGGACGUCCUUGGUAGACGCCGGUCUCGUAAACAGUGUGCCCCAGACCUAAGGCCUACAGCACAACAAAAGUGCUACACUGGACCAUGUUAUGCGCGAUCUUGUUUAGAGCUGAAGGAGAAAACAAAGAUUCGACAUGAUGAUACAUACAGUAUACUAGUCAAACGACGAAUAUUGCAGAUAUACUGCAAGAACAUGAGAAAACAACCAUCUGAAUACAUCACUCUUCCAGCUGGAAAUAAUUUUGCUGAGAUAUAUGGACUGAAACUACAACGACCAAAUCAUUGUCCAAAUAAUGGCACACGAUCUGACGACUGUGAAAAAUGCCGGGAUAAUCAUUAUAAAGAGGAAGGCAACACAACGUACACCAAAAUACGGAUAGACCUCGCAUCACUAAAAAUCAUCACCAAUGACACUACCUUUACCACAGGCAGCUAUGGAAGAAGGAGCAUUCCAUUCGCAACAGCAGGGGACUGUUACAGUUCACAGGGUGAUUGCCCACAGGGUCAGUUCAGUAUAAACUUGGCAGGGACUGGAUUUAUUGUAUCUAAGAAUACCAGCUGGAUUUUACAUGGUCUCAAUGCCUCCAAGAAGAUUCAAAUCUUGAAUGAUGGUGAGAUGGUACGGGGUCAGUGCGGGGGCUACUGUGGAAAGUGUCUACCUGACCCCACCACUGGACUCCAACUGGACACCAGACACUGACCAAUGCCAACAUUAGGUACCUGGUAUAUCAAAUAAAAUAAAUCUUGCCGAGUUCUUGCACCUGACUCACUAUUCCGUCCUUGGAUACUUACAAAUGUCUCGAGAAGUCUCAGUUGUAUUCAGGUUGUCAAGGACAUCCUCAAGGGAACACAGGGUGAGAUGCAUUGAGGUCAAAGGUCGAAGGUCGAGAAACAGAGGUGUUAUAAGCCUUAGUAAUCCCCUCUUCUCCAGAGUGUUGGUUGACAGAGGACCUCAAAGCUGUACCACGGGAAAUUCUGAUCUCCAAGUGAACUGAUAUUUAACUUCUGUGUAUGAGAAACCCAUUUAUUCCUUACCAUGCAUUAUUCAUAACUGAUAUUGUAUAUCAUGCAUGUAACUCACAAUCACAUAUACAUCUUGUCUUCUCAGAAAAUGAAAUGUGGAGUCUAUACUGAUGUUAAAGUUUUUGCUUAGAGUUAUAUGUUAGAUAAGUAUAAGCACUGGUGAAGAGUUCCAACGCUGUAGCUUCAUUGACGGAACUCCCCUCUUUUAAAUUUAGAAAAGAAACAUUUGUGACUAUAACAUAGCUACAACAAGAACAUUUAACAGUCACAAAUACAGAUUUACAGGGUAAUGUCCUACGACAAGACAUAACUUGAUCUUUUAUGAUGAGAAAAAAAUAUGUGGGUAUCACAUAUAUGUAAAAGGCCAGUUUUUAAUGUUUUACGAGAUUGUUUUCAUCAUAUCAUGUUUAUCCUAAACUAAAGAAAAACUACAUUAUAUUGUAUAUUUUACUUUUUAUAUAAGAAUGUAGUGUACAAGUGCAAUAUUUAUUUCUAAGUUAUAAGAAGUGUUAAAUUUUGUUUUCUGUACAAAUGUAUAUAGUGCUGAACACAUGAUCAAAGUCCUACUUUUUAAGUAUACACGUAUAUUUGAAGAAAGUUCAUGAAGUGACACAAUAUUUUUGACACUUUUAAAGGAACAUAUAGCUAGAAAAUAAACAUAUUUUAUAUAAACGUAAUUUUUUCCUGGGAAUCAUAAUUCCAUGGAAUCUCAAUUUCUGUUCAAUCUGCAACUAGAAAAUUACCCAGAUUUUAUAGUACAGGUGUGUGUCUAAAACGCACUUUCAAAAUAAUGUUACAAAUUUGGGUGGAAAAUUGGCAACUGUGAAUUAAGGCCAUUCCAGGUUUUUUCUCUGUUUAGCGUCCACCCAUCUUUCAAAAACCUACCUACCUAUUCGCAAAAAACACAAGCCAAAACAUAAAACACAGGCUUAAAAUACGUAAAAAUGACGCCCUUCAAAUGAUUUGAUCUAAUAAAACUGCUCUAAUAGAAGAAAUAUCUAUUCUUAUGCAAAAACAAGGGAUUAAAUGCUUAAAAUACACCCAAUAUAACUUACUGUAUUGAAUUAUUUAGAGAAAUUGACAAAAUUCAAAAAUUUCGACUAAAUUAAUCAAUUUCAGGACUCCUGAUGUUGUGUGUUUUUUCUUAUAUGGGGUGUCAAAAACCAAGGCGCACGCGGACGCUAAACAUAGAAAAAACUUGGAAUGGCCCUGAAUCCUGUUUAAAACAAUGUAUGUGUACAGAAACUUCAUGUUAAUAUCAUCUUAACUCAAUUUUUUGAACAAUCAGGGGAUAUAUAUUCGAUUUAUAAAUAUGCCUGCAUUAAUUUUGUAUUUUUACAAAGGAAUUUGUAUUAAAUAUAAAAACAAUAUGGUCAAUUUUAAAGGUAUUUGAUUUUCUGUCAUUUCUACUUUGUAGCUGGAUAUAUUUUGUGGGAAAGUAAAGUAUUAUUUUUAAAAAUGAAUAUUGGCCAAAUGUUUGAGAAAAUUUUUAAACCUAAUAUUCUAGUGUUUAAAGAUUUACAGCUGAAGGUAAUUAUGUGUUUACAUGUAGUUCAUCUUCGUCUCCAUGGAUAAUCAAAAUACAUGUAACUUUAUUUUCAAACAUGCAUAUGCAUUCUCACUGCCAAUUUAUUAAAAUUACCUCCCUUGUAUUCAAUCCAUUUUUGUGUAUAUGUAAACCUUAUACUGAGAAUUUGAGAGUUAGAGAGUAUUGGUUUUAAUGAACAAAUUUGGGCAUUUCUCGUGUUUAUUUUUUCCAAACAGAUUAUAAGUUAAAAAAUUUUAUGUGUAUUUAAUUGUUUUGCCAAAUCUAACGACACAAAAUAUGUUUAAAGACAUGGUAAAUUGACAAUCGAUUAAGCAUUUUCAAUUUGUGAGUUUGUGAUGUCUUGGGUUUAAUGUUUUUAUAUGUAGGGAGAUUUUUUUUUGUGACAUGUAUUUUUGAUAAUUUAAAAAAGGGUCAUAAUCAUAUACAAAUGUAGUAAUUUAUUCACCUAAAUGUAUGUUAUACCGGUUUAAUUUUUUUUAGAUGUCUUUUGUUGUAGACCUGUAGCAUCUUAAUGAUAUAUUAGAAAAAAAAAGCUUUAAUACAUUUAGCAUUUUCCCUGGGUAUUUAUUGUUUUUAUAUGAACAAUGUACGCACAAGUUGAAGCGACUUUAGCUUCCUUUAUUUUGUGUAUAUAUUACCUGUAUUUCUUGUAUUUGUGAUGUAAUUAUUGUAGACCAUAUUCAUAUAUACAUAUGAACACAUUGAUCAGUUAGUGAACCUUUUUGCUCUUUUUUUUUUUUUAAAUCAAAGGAAAUGCAUGUAAAAACAUUUUAGAUGGAUAUAUUGCAUAUUAAUGUUAAUUUAUGCUUUAUAAAAAUAACUUUUGGUCAUGUUUUGAAAUUUUUUUUUCUACAAAUCCAACAUUUUUCUACUAUGUUGAUUUUGAUUUGAAAAAUAC